UUCAUAUUUACGUCAUUCUACAAUUCGAACGUUGUUCUGACACUUGCUGCGAUUUGCUGAGUGAAUCGACAUAAAUAGUGCACAAGUUUUGGCACAAGUACAACGAGGACGCUAUCCUUUACGAAGAUGGAAGGCGUCGCAGACCAUGGAAAUGCAGACAGGCAUCCUUUAGUGUUGUUAGUCUCUGCUUGUUUCUGGGUUUUCAUGUGGAUCCUGUCCUGGGCUAAAUCUGUUGUCGCUUUCGUGACGAUCACAAUUCCAACAAUGAUUUACUUCGUCUUGUCGUAUUCGAUGACCUUGACACUCAACUUCUGGUCGUUUGCCCUUAUAUUCACUCUCUGCGCCGUCGUGCUGAACUAUUGGAUUCGGUUUCGAUAUCUCAAUGAUUACACGCAAUUGAAGGAGCCGCCUCUAAUCAAACCGGAUGCAAAUGAGCUUCAUCCGGAUGUAAAUACAGAGCCACCUCCAUCCUUUCACAACUACCUUGAUGACUUUCUGCAAGCCGUACGGGUAUUCGGCUUCUUAGAGAAACCUGUAUUUCAUGAACUUGCAAGACAUCUUCAAACAAGAAGAUUAAUCGCGGGUGAUAGCAUCUCCCUCGACGAAGACAAGAGCUUUUACUGCGUAAUUGACGGCCAGGUGCAGGUUUUCAGUCAAACAGGUCAAAGUGCAGACCAGCAAGGUGCUUGGGAUAAUGAAGAUGCAAACGGUUAUCAACUUUUAAACGAAGUCGGAAGUGGAGGCACACUUUCCAGUCUCUUUACCAUCUUAAGCCUCUUCACAGAAGAUGUCAAAAUGAGCUGGCAAGACGACCAUGUGGAGUCACCCUUUCCUGCUGCCUUGCUCGCCAGCUCAAUCAGAAGGACCAGUGGUCACUCCAAUGCGGAUAUCUCUGUCUUGGAGCUCGAGACUCCGCGAAAACGUCGCUCUUCACUUUCUUCUACCGCCUCGACAGUGCAUAUGACUUCGCCGUUAUCACCGGAGCGGGAUGGGUACGCAUCACCUGCAGAAGAAGAACAUGCAUACCCCCGCUCUCAGCAACAAAAAGAAGUUUAUCACGGGCUAGUAGCGCGUGCUACUGAAGACACUACGCUCGCUGUGAUACCAGCUGAGGCUUUCCGCCGUCUCACCAAGAAGUAUCCCAAGGCAACAGGACACAUUGUACAAGUGAUAUUAGCUCGUUUUUCGCGUGUGACAUUUAAUGCCGCACACAAAUAUCUUGGUUUGACCAGCGAAGUAAUUCGAACUGAAAAAGUCAUCAACGAUAUUGCCUGCCAUCCUUUACCAGCGUCGUUUUACGAAGAAGGUGGACUUCAAUAUUUAAGGACGCGUUUCGAUAGCACAGAUCGGUCAGAUACAGAUGACGAUUACUUUUCCUAUUCCCAAGUCACAAGCUCUCCUGCGUCCGUCUCAUCGAAAAGCUUAUCCAACGAGGGUGUUCCAAAGUCCACAGAAGAGACCAACUCCGUUAAGAAAGUCAACCUCGCAGAUUCAUCACGUCCAGCAUUGCCCAAGAAGUCCACAUCGACCUCAACUUCAUUUCCUUUCAAAUCUCACAACUCUAGGCAUGCUGUCCAAGCUGGCGAUCUCCUGACUUCAACUGAUAAUCCAGAUGAACCGCUCCAUCGAGGACCCAUCAAUCGUGGCAACAGUGUUGUGAACACGCCUUACCCUACACGUAAAACCUUGAGUUUCAUCGAAAAUCGAAGAGCAGCUAACAUGUCUGGGGAUGAUUUCGACCUUCGUGAGGAGGUGAUGUCCUGCAUUGCAAAAUCUAUCGGGCUACUGCAGCCACCAAUUAGCGGAGGCGAAUCAGGAGAGGCGUCACCUGCAGUCAAAGCGACGGACGAUUUUCGAUCAGGCUCUGAUAGGCUGUUUACGUCCUUCAGUUCACUCUCUCUUCUAGACUUGAAUGACGACGUAUCCAGCGCCACUGGUGGAUCUUCGACUUUGCCUUCUCCAGGCGGUUAUAUGGUGGGACUAGAUAAUGAAGUCGAAAUACUCUUCUUUGCCGCUGGUUCGACCCUCGUUAAAGCUGGGGAAAUGAAUAAAGGACUGUUUUAUGUCAUCGAUGGGUUCUUGGAAAUCCUACUUCCACCAGAGUCCAUCAAGGGCAAUUCCGACGCAAGAACUGACAGCAACAAUAACCUGCACAACACUACCCAGAAUAUCAAUGACUCGAGGCGGUUGUUUGAUGUUAAGCCUGGAGGAAUUGCGGGGUAUCUAGCCUCUCUUACCCACACGGCUUCAUACGUCGAUAUUCGAGCAAAAACGAACGUUUAUGUCGGUUUCCUGCACCCAAACGCGCUCGAGAGAAUCCUCGAAAAACGACCCAUUGUUCUUUUGACUCUGGCCAAACGCCUCAUCUCCCUCUUGUCUCCGCUAGUGCUUCAUAUUGACGCGUCCCUGGAUUGGAUGCAGGUGAACGCAGGUCAGGUCCUUUGGCGGCCAAACGACAAGAGCGAUAGUUUUUACAUAGUCAUCAACGGUCGUGUUCGCGUGAUCACUGAUAACGUCCGCGGGGGGUUGGACAUAGUCGGAGAAUAUGGACAAGGGGAUACAGUCGGAGAGCUGGACGUCAUCACAAGUUCACCGCGUUCCAAUACUGCUCAUGCGAUUCGUGAUACAGAAUUAAUCAGGAUGCCUCAAACUCUUUUCAAUGCAAUAUCUGCUAGAAACCCGCAAACAACAGCUCAACUACUACGCACGAUUGCGUCUCGUGUAAGAGAGGAAUUACACCCGUCGCCCUCACGAAGCAGACCUUCCUCUGAGCUUGGUUACAACAACAACCUCAAGACUGUUGCAGUGCUCCCCGUUUCCCGCAGUGUACCGAUUGAAACUUUUUCUAAGACCCUUCAAAAGGCUCUUGAAGGUAUUGGUGCAUUAACCGCUCAUCUGAACCAAGCCUCAAUGUCGAGUCAUCUGGGGCGACAUGCUUUCACCAGGAUGGGGAAGCUCAAGGCUGCUGGAUGGCUGGCUGACAUGGAACAGAAGUAUCGUAUCGUCCUCUAUGUUGUAGAUUCGAGCGUCAAUAGUCCGUGGACACAGACCUGUAUUCGUCAGGCUGACUAUGUAAUGGUUGUCGGAAUGGGGGACGAUCCGAGCUUAGGGGAAUACGAACGUCUUCUGCUAUCAAUGAAAACAACUGCAAGAAAAGAGUUAGUGCUUUUGCAUCCGGACCGUUCCGUGAUCCCCGGCUCUACACGGGAAUGGUUGAAGAGCCGUCCUUGGAUCCACCAGCAUCUUCACGUAGAGCUUCCUGGAAUUGUGAUGCCUAUUCCAAAAUCCGCAGCACCAAAGGACCCCGAUCCUAUGUCUGCACUAAAAAACCUCAAGGACAAAGUACAGAACGAAAUACAAAAGUACAGAGGAGGCGCACAUGACCCUCGUCCACAACGGCUUCCUCACACCAACGACUUCUCCCGUCUCGCUCGACGUUUAUGUGGGAAGUCGAUAGGACUCGUUCUCGGAGGAGGCGGAGCCCGAGGGAUAUCUCAUUUGGGUUUGAUUAGAGCAUUACAGGAAUUCAACAUUCCCAUUGACCAUGUCGGAGGUACAAGUAUUGGUGCCCUUAUUGGUGGGUUAUACGCCCGCGAAGGAGAUAUCUUGUCCUCGGCCGGGCGUGCGAAACACUUCAGCUCAAGAAUGGGUAAUAUCUGGCGAAUACUCUCUGAUGUGACUUAUCCAAUUGUGGCUUAUACAACUGGUCAUGAGUUUAACCGUGCGCUGUACAAAGCAUUUUACGAUCUUCAUAUUGAAGAUAUGUGGAUACCAUUCUAUUGCAAUACAACAAAUAUCACGACUUCAACCAUGGAAAUUCAUGAAACUGGUUAUGCUUGGCGAUUCAUUCGUGCAUCUAUGUCCCUAGUUGGUUUAUUGCCGCCGCUCUGUGAUAAUGGCAGUAUGCUCGUUGAUGGUGGUUAUGUUGAUAACCUUCCUGUAGCCGCGAUGUUUUCCAAAGGGGCGAGCGCAGUGUUCGCAUGUGAUGUCGGUUCGCUUGAUGAUAAUUCUCCGAGGGAAUUCGGGGACCAUGUCUCUGGCUGGUGGUUAUUGGUCAAUCGCUGGAAUCCAUUCUCUAACGCCAGAAGGAUUCCUGCGAUAACCGAAAUACAGAGUCGCCUAGCAUACGUAUCGAGUGUGAAAACAUUAGAAGAAGCAAAGGUUGCGCCAGAUUGCAUCUACUUGUCAAUGCCUGUACAAGAUUAUGGGACCCUUCAGUUCAGCAAAUUCGAAGAGAUACAGCAGAAAGGUUAUCAGUCUGCGCUGGAAUUCUUGGGCAAGUGUGCGGAUGAAGGAAGGCUUCCGUCUGCUUUCAUUGAUGGUCGAGAUGGUGUUGAGGGUACUACCAAAGGACGCAGUGCUCGACGUAACUCCAUAUAAAUUUUGAAUCGUCGUUAAUCAUUAUCAUUUCGGAAUUCCUCUAAAUCUAAGCAGGAGUAGUCGAAGAUACCAAUGCUCCCUGUAUCAUACUCUUCGAGCGUUUGUAGAGUUUAAGAUAAAUAUUUACACGCAAAGCAUAGUCCGUGAGCGAGGCCGAACCUCUAUUGGAUACUAACCUCCUCAAAGAAAUUAGCAAGAAAGCCCUCGUC